UAUUAGUCGUGGACUCGUGGUUUGCAUCUCGUAGUUUUCUAGUUGUGAGUCAUCUUCCUGAUCACACUUCCUGCUAUAUCAUCAUCAUCAUUAAUCAUCCUAGAGAGAGAAACUACAGAGAGAGAAACUACUGAUCAUCAAUGGCGACGAGAUACUGGAUGGUGUCUCUUCCUGUCCAAUCUUCUUCUUCUAAUUUAUGGUCUCAAUUACAAGAUUCCAUCUCCAAACAAUCCUUCGACACUCCUCUUUACCGUUUUAAUGUGCCUAGUCUUCGAGUUGGUACCCUGGAUUCGCUUCUAUCACUCGCUGAUGAUCUUUUGAAGGGGAAUGCGUUUGUGGAAGGCGUAACGCAUAAGAUUAGGCGUCAGAUCGAUGAACUUGAGAGAUCGUCUGGUGUUGAUGCUGGUGCUUUGACUGUUGAUGGUGUUCCUAUUGAUUCUUAUCUUACCAGAUUUGUUUGGGAUGAAGCAAAAUAUCCGACUAUGUCUUCGUUGAAGGAGAUUGUUGAUGGUAUUCAUGGUUUUGUGGCCAAGGUUGAAGAUGAUCUCAAGGUCCGUGUUGCUGAGUAUAACAAUGUCCGCAGUCAACUAAGUGCAAUUAACCGCAAACAAAGUGGAAGCUUAGCGGUGAGAGAUCUUUCUGACUUGGUAAAGCCAGAGGAUAUCAUUUCAUCAGAGCAUUUGGUUACACUUUUGGCAGUUGUUUCGAAGUUUUCACAGAAGGACUGGUUAUCCAGCUAUGAAACAUUGACUGACUAUGUGGUUCCCAGGUCAUCUAAAAAGUUGUUUGAGGACAAUGAAUAUGCCCUGUACACUGUCACAAUGUUCAGCCGUGUUGCUGAUAACUUCCGAUUAAAAGCUCGUGAAAGAGGUUUUCAGGUUCGAGAUUUUGAAUACGACCCAGAAACACAAGAUUCAAGGAAACAAGAGUUGCAAAAAUUGGCUCAUGACCAGGAAACAAUGAGAACCGCACUUUUGCAAUGGUGCUACUCCAGUUAUGGGGAGGUGUUCAGCUCAUGGAUGCACUUCUGUGCUGUACGUGUAUUUUCUGAGAGCAUAUUAAGAUAUGGCUUGCCUCCAAAUUUCUUGGCCUGUGUUUUAGCUCCAUCCCAGAAAAGUGAGAAGAAAGUACGCACAAUUCUUGAACGGCAUUGUAGCGCUGCCAACAGUGUGCACUGGAGAUCUGAGGAUGAAGUUGGAGCAAUGGCUGGUCUGGCAGGUGACACUGAUGCUCAUCCAUAUGUAUCAUUCACGAUCAAUCUUGUUUAGUUUGUUGGUGAUAAUCGGCUUAGUCUUCUUGAAACGGGUUGAGAUCAAAUGCCAAUGUAGAGUACCUGUAGACCACCAUUUGUGCAAUUUCUCUUCCAUGGCUUGAUUUUGCUGCUUUUGAAUUUGUGGAGAUUUCAUUGGAGCGGUUUAUCUUUAUUUAUUUAUAUUGUUCAAAGUUCAUAAAUAAUCCUGCAGGUGUAUUCUUUGCAAUAGCCGAGGGUUCUCUGAGAGAGAGCUCCCUUUUUCUUUGGUUAUGAUUUGUAAGUGAAAGUCAGAGAUGUAUUCAUAAUAUUACCCUAUUUUCAUUGUUUAUGUUAAAUCAAGCACACCUACUUUAACUUUCAGCUUUUUAAGUUAGUGAUAUGUAUUAUAAGAGAAGCAAAAAAUGAAUAUUAGUGAGAAUUUUCUUUGGUCUGAAA